CCCCUACCUCCUAACCUACAACACCAUCAACACCCUCCUCUGGUUCCGCAUCCUCGUCCCCAUCUGCCUCUCCCCUCUUCAAUCCCCCAAACAACCUACACCACUCUCGAACCCUGGACAAGAUGGACUCAAACUCUCGCCAUUCUUGAGAUCCUGCAUGCAGCCACCGGCCUAACCCGCUCCCCCAUCUUCACAACCUUCACCCAAAUCUUCGCCCGCAGCGUCCAAGUCUGGGCCAUAAAUCACUCCUUCCCUGAACUAACCAGCCUCUCCCAUCUCUACAAACCAAUGCUAUUUGCCUGGUCCCUGGCAGAUACAAUCCGGUAUUUGUAUUUCGUGGUGUUGAUUUCCGGGUGUAAGGUACCACGGGGAUUGAGGUGGUUGAGAUACUCCCUCUUUUUGGUCCUCUACCCCAUCGGAAUCGGAAGUGAAUGGUGGUUGAUGUUUCGGGCUACCGUUGCGGUGGAGAAUUGGGCCGUGAAGGCCCUGUUUGUUUUCUUUUUGGGACUUUAUGGACCUGGUAUGUUGUUACCUUUUUCUUUUCUUUGGGAUUUUGUUGUUUGGGGGGAGGGGUGAAGGUGGUGAGCUGAUUGGUGG